GGAGAAGUGUUUAAGUGUGCCAAAAUGUCAAGAAGACUGGGAAGUGUUUUAGGACUGACUUAACCUAAUUAAAUAAAAGGUAUAGCAGAGAGAGGGUUGAAUGGCUUUACACACUGCCCUGUUAUCCAGUGGAGCUGAUGAAACACAGGAGUGGACUCUGCCCUACCCAGAAGGCCAUGUGAUUCCCAUCUGUGUGCGUCUGAAAGAACAGCCAAAGGAGAUCUGUCACUAACCUCUAUAUAAGAUGACAGCAAGUCAUACUCAGGGCUUCCACAGACUGAAGAAACUUGUGUGAGGGACAGAGCCAAGGCUUAAGUUUCUUCUUCCACAGACAGCGGUUCUCCAUCAGUAUGGCUCUGCUCAUCCACCUGCUGGCCUGUGCCUUCGGUUUGGGCUCCUGGGUGGCGGUGAACGGCCUGUGGGUUGAACUGCCGCUCAUCGUAAACACUCUCCCUGAGGGCUGGGAGCUCCCGUCCUACCUGACAGUCAUCAUCCAACUGGCCAACCUGGGACCUCUCCUGGUUACACUCAUGCACAAACUGUGCCCUGGUCGUCUUAAAGAACGUUAUGUCAUUUACUCCAUCCUCUCCAUCGGUGUCCUGUCCUGCAUCCUACUCGCCUUCUUCUGGGAUAGGACUACGGUUGUGGCCGGGGCCUCACAUAGCACUGCAUUCUUCAUCAUCACCUUCUUCCUCUCUCUGGUGGACUGCACUUCCUCAGUCACCUUCCUACCUUUCAUGAUGCAGCUUCCAGCAAAAUACAUCACAACUUAUUUUAUUGGGGAGGGGCUCAGUGGUUUUCUUCCUGGUAUUAUAGCCCUGGCACAAGGUGUAGGCAUUGCCAAAUGUGUCAACUCCACUCAAACAGGAAACCACACAAACAAUGAGGACUUGUGGUCUUUACAUACAGAAUAUCUCCCUCCUAACUUUUCCACUGAGGUGUUUUUUGUCUUCCUGGCAGCCAUGAUGUGUAUUAGCCUGGCUGCUUUUAUUGCACUGAACAAGCUUCCUCGGAUAUUUGAGUUGUCCACAGAAAACCUAAUGCCAGACAUGACUGAGGCUUCUACAUGCUCUGGCCUCGACAACCCUGGAGCGGAGAUGAACAAAGAGGACGCGAAAUGCCAGGGUGAAGGGGCACAUGAGAGCAGGACUCUGCCAAUCUGUGCAAAACACUCUGUGUACCAGCUGACAUUCAUCUACUUUCUGGUGGUGUGGGUUAAUUCUGCCACUAACGGGCUGCUGCCCUCUGUGCAGACGUAUUCAUGCAUGCCGUACGGGAACCUGGCCUAUCACCUCUCAGCUGCUCUGGCAUCAGUAGCCAACCCUGUGGCCUGCACUAUCGCAAUGUUCUUCCAAAACAGGUCACUGGUUUUCCUAGGUGUGUUGACUGUAAUGGGGACAGGAUUUGGCAGCUACAACAUGGCCAUGGCUGCUAUGAGUCCCUGUCCUUUGCUUCAAGGGUCUGUGGCUGGAGAGAUACUCAUUGUGCUUUCAUGGCUUUCCUUCACCGGGACCUUGUCUUAUGUCAAAGUCAUGGUGGGUGUGAUUCUGAGAGACCAGAGCCACAGCGCCCUGGUCUGGUGUGGAGCGGCAGCACAGAUGGGAUCACUAGUUGGCUCAGUCACCAUGUUCCCACUGGUCAAUGUCUACAGGUUGUUCCAAUCUGGAGACUUCUGCAACACCAAGUGUCCCCUAUGACAGUGAAUAUGAGAAGGCUGGGCAUAUGAAGAGUGUCCAAGAGAUAAAGCAAUGUGUUUAAUAUUAUUAUGUUUUAUUUUCCAUUUGCAGAUUUGUGAUUUUAAGCUGUGUUUACACUUAACUUUAUCAAUAUUAGAGAUGGUGAUAUUCAGGACUAAAAAAAACAACAAACAAAAAAACAAACAAACCAAGUAUAUCAUAACUGGGACUCCAUAAGUGUACUGUACCAUACCCGAAUCUGCAAAUUUACUUUUUUGGCCACUAGAUGGCAUAGGAGCACUUUUAUACAAAAAAACCUUCUGGUUCAUAGUGACAACAAACUCUUGCCCAUGACAUAUGAUUAAGCUUCAUACUGGUAUUUGCAAACAAAGAAAAAAACCUCAAUUUUCCCAUCAGCUGUAGUUGUCACACUGUUUGAGUUUGACAAGCAUAAUAUGAAACACUGUGAUAAAAAACUGUUUAAUAAAUAUUUGACUGCAAAAAAUAAUGAUAGACCGACAGGAAACAGGCAGCUUCAUACACUCUGCUACUGUCAGCUCAGUGGGAUGUAAAGCAAAAAUUAUGAAGAUGCACAUUAAAUAAAGUCAUGG